AUUCGGAGGCUGGCGUUCGACCUGCUCGGGAUUUAUCAGAGCUUGUUCCUCAGAGCGUGUUUAAGGGUGUUUGUCAGUGAUCUGAGGGAGGGCAAAGGCCCCGAUAUUUACCAGUAAUUGCAAAGUAAAGGAGAAGCUGAUCGAGCUAGGGAGUGAACAUAGUAAGUUACUGUUUGAGUGUUUUCUACUUGAAAUCGGGCUGCCCCGCCCUCAACGCUGAAAAAAGUUUAAAGAAGAUUUCUAACUGCCAGUUGAUCUGCAAGAAUAAUAUCAACACAAUCAUGUCAUAUGAUGAUUCAGUUAAUGAAGCACCCAGUGACAGCUUCUGGGAGGUUGGGAACUAUAAGCGCUCUGUAAAGCGCAUUGAUGAUGGCCACAGACUCUGUAAUGACCUUAUGAAUUGCCUCCAUGAACGAGCUCGUAUAGAGAAGGGUUAUGCUCAACAGCUUACCGAAUGGGCCAAGAGAUGGAAACAGCUAUUGGAGAAAGGUCCGCAAUAUGGUUCUUUGGAAAAAGCUUGGGUAUCAUUAAUGACUGAAGCAGAAAAAGUCAGUGAGCUGCAUCUGGAGGUCAAGAGUGCAUUGAUGAAUGACGACUUUGAAAAGAUCAAGAAUUGGCAGAAGGAGGCCUACCAUAAACAAAUGAUGGCAGGCUUCAAAGAAACCAAGGAGACAGAUGAUGGAUUCCGUAAAGCACAAAAGCCAUGGGCCAAAAAGCUGAAAGAGGUGGAAGCUGCCAAGAAAGCCUAUCAUGCAGCUUGUAAAGAAGAGAAAUUAGCAAUAUCCAGAGAAACAAACAGUCGGACAGAAUCAAACACAAAUACAGAACAGUUGAAGAAAUUGCAGGAUAAAGUUGAAAAAUCUAAGCAAGAUGUUCAGAAGACAAAGGAGAAGUAUCUAAAAAGUAUAGAAGAGUUAAAUAAAUGUACACCACAAUAUAUGGAAAAUAUGGAACAAGUUUUUGAGCAAUGUCAACAGUUUGAAAAAAAACGAUUAGAUUUCUUUCAAGAGGUCCUUUUGGGGGUUAAACAGCAUCUUGACCUAUCUGCCACCAGCUAUACAGCUAUAUAUCAAGAAAUGGAGCAUGCUAUUAAUUCAGCAGAUUCUGAAGAAGAUCUUAAGUGGUUCAGAUGUGCACAUGGUCCAGGAAUGGCUAUGAACUGGCCCCAAUUUGAGGAAUGGAGUGUAGAUAUCAAUCGUACACUCAGCAGGAGAGAAAAGCCGAAAAAGACUGGAGAUGGAGUGGUCUUGACAAGUGUCAGUCAGACGGGUGAUCAGGGAGUCCAGCCAUCAAAAUACAACAGUCUUAGUGUCCGGAGUACUACUAACUCGAUACGUUCCAGUUGUAACCCAUUUGAGGAGGAGGAGAAUGAAAAGCCUGUCGAUGAGAAGGAGAACACAAUUCCAAAAAAUGUUAGCACUUACGAAAAGAACCAGAAUUACACUACUGAGUGGUCAGAUGAUGAAAGCAAUAAUCCUUUCAAUUGCAAUGAGACAAAUGGUGACAAUCCUUUCGAUGAGACUCAUUCGUCAGGGUCAGAAGUGCGAGUACGAGCAUUGUAUGACUACGAAGGACAAGAACAUGAUGAGCUAAGUUUCAAAGCAGGUGAUGAACUAAUAAAAGUAGAAGAUGAAGACGAGCAGGGUUGGUGCAAAGGGCGACUAGAAAGUGGUCAAGUUGGCUUGUACCCUGCCAAUUAUGUUGAAGUUAUUCAGUGAUGUAGAAUGUACCAAUGCAAAAUGCUAUAAUCUCUUUUCACAUUUAAAUACAGUUACGUCAACCUAAAAAAAAAAUAUGUUGGUGUAGAGAAUGUACAAACUUAUUAUAUUAGGCAUCAUUUCUUCAGCUACUGCUUUGCUUUGAGAAGAAUCAAGUUUUUAACAGUGAACGAAUAUAUGUUUUAGCAGGCUGGUGACCUCUGAAGUUCAGCUGAAGCUUCCUGGUAACUGCGAUAUUGGAUUUAAAUAUUAUCUAUUAGUCCAUGGCAAUGGCAAGUUUUGUUUUCAAACAUACAGAUUGUAAAAAUUAAUUUUAAAAACUUGCCUUGUGUGAGUGUUGAAUACCAAUUUUAAUUGUUAUGCACCCUUUCAAUUAAGUGAUUUCCCUCCCCCACACAGUUUUCCAUUUUUGAAAGAGAAAUCAACUAAGUUGUUUGUUUUCAAUGUUAUUUUUAAAAAUUAAGGCUUUCAAUAUUUUCCUAUUAUUAUAAUAUUUAAUUUGUUGCAGUUUCUCUUUUAUAGAAAUGGCAUUCUUUUAAAUGCAUGAGGUAUUGUAAGAAAGAAAGACCCCAUGAUCAACUUUGAUUUCCUCCCUAUAGCGUAGAAAUAUUUAAUCAUUUAUAGUUGUGCAAAACCAUGUGCUUUGGUGUGCUAGAUAAACUUCCUGCACCAUGUAUUCAGCACAUCAGUGAAACACUGGGAUGCGUUUUAGUUAAGUACUACUGCACUUGUUGCCUGUUACUUUAAUGUGAUGUAUCAUAAUUGAUAUAUAUCAAUUGAAAUAGUGUAACGUUAAAUUUAGGCAGUCUGCAUUGUGAACAUUGUGGAUUUUAAUGUGGCUGCAGAAUACAGGACUCCAUGACUUUUAAUAUGAUGUUCAUUUGCUCCUAACCUUUGGAAGAGUUAAUGUUAGAUGUUGAAGAGAAUGUAUUCCAAUGUUUCAUUUAUUUUCAGUUGUUAGUACACUGUUCUGCAUAUCUCUUUGAUAACUGGAGGGUUUGAAAAUCUGCUUUAAUAUGCAGCAUGGAAUGCUCCUUUACAACAAAGACUGCAGAACUCUUAUAGUAUAUUAAAAGUUCACAUGAACAAAUAAUUUGGAACUGGUGAAUGUUUUCUAGUGCAAUUUUGUUCAGUGAAUCCUUCCAAGUAUUCUUCACUGCUAGGAUUAAACCAGAAAUUGUGUGUAGUAAUAACAAGGUAGACUUAUGAUUUGUAAUACUAUUCUGGCCAACCAUCUAGCUGAAUGGAAUGUUUAAACUCUACAAUUUUAGGUAAGUAGCUUUAUUGGAAUACAGUGUAUUAUAAUCAACUAAAUGGUAGGUUUUUUAAAAAGUCAUUGUUCAGCUGGUGAGAAAUGAUGCUUUUAAGUAUUGCAUUUGUGUCAUUUAAUUCAGUAACUUAUUGAAUGAUGGUGCCUUAGAAAACUUUUUCUCAAAUGUUUUUGUAGAAUCUUCAGACAAUAGGUUUCUUUUUAAAAAAUCUUUUUUGUACACUAGUUUGAGGGUGAAAUUUUAAAAGUUAAACCCAUCCCUUGACUCCAAUAUUUUGAAUUCCCAGUAAGUUGGCUUUUACAAAAUUAAUUAUCUUUAUAACACAAGUUUUGACUUCUAAAAUUUAGUAGCACUAACAAGUACUUGAUUAAAGAAAGUCUUGUGAACGAAACCAUUUUUAACAUCUGUUUGAUACUUCAAUCCAUUUAUAGCGAUGUUUUCUUUGUACAGAACCCGGAAAAAUUUCUGUAGAUAAUAGAGAAUGAAAAUGUCAAACAGAAGGAGAACUUGGAGCCAUGUGAUCAUAUGAACACAUGAAUUAUAACAGGAAUAACACCUGAAUCCAUUUAGUAACAUUAUAGAUCUGAUUGCAACCCCACCUCUGUAAUUCAGUCUACCUACCCACGCCUCUUGAUUAAAAAGAAUCUAUGUCUGCCCUGAAAAUAUUAAAAGCCUUUGUUUCAUCAUCCUCUGAGGUAAAGAGUCUCUAAGCCUUGUUGUUAUGAGGGAAAAAAAUCUCACCUGAGUCUUAAAUGUACAACCCUGAAUUUUUAAAUGGUGACUACCCAGUUCUAGAUUCUCACAUAAAGAGAUGCAUUCUCUCUGCAUCCAUCCAUUUGGAGCAUCUCAGGAUUUUAAAUAUUUCAGUUGUCUCCACCCACUCAUCUGAAAUCCAGCAGAUACAGCCUUAGCCUUUUCAAUGUUUCCUCAGAAGGUAACCCAGCCAUUCUAGUUAAGUCAGGAUCACCUUUUCUGAACUGCGAUCAACACAUUGAUAUCUUCCCUUUUAAAAAAAAGGUACCAGUACAGUACUCCAGAUGUGAUCUCAAUUUCCACAGCAAUAAGUCAUACUUGUUAAAACUUCCCAGUAUCCGUAUACCAGACUUUUGCUCAUGCACACCAGAACACCCAUAUUUCACUGCAAGCUAGAAGUUCUGUAAUUCUUUAGUUUUCCAACCUAACUAGACAGUUCUGCAUUUUCCAACGUCUAGUUUUCAGCAGUUUGUCCACUUAAUCCAUCUGUAGCCCUUUCUCUUCUUAUGUAUGUUUCACAACAUUUACAUUUAUUUUAUGUUAUCAGCAAAUUUAUCAACCAUCCCUUUAGUUUCUUCAACUCCGUAAUUUUCAGAAAUUGUAAUCAGUUGAGGCUCCACCACUGACAGCUUUCAUGACAUUCUGGCAACCAGUAAAGGACUUGUUUACACUCAUUCUCUGUUUCAGUCUAUCUUCUAGCCAUGACAACGUUUUACUUACUAUGCCAUUUGUUUUGGUCUUCUGCAGUAACCUUUGAUAUUAAAUUUUAUCAGAAAAUAUUAGAAAAUAGGAAAUAAGAUGGAAAAUAGUUAUAGGAAGAACGUAGUUAAUAGUGAAAUUAAAAGAUUUUGGUUUCUCCCAUUGAUUAGAGCAAUUUAAAUAACAGUGUAUGCAAAUGGAGAUAGGAGGUAAAGUGAGGCUUUAGAGGGUUUUAAAAGAAGGAUGGAGAUUCUGUACUGAUUAUUUGAGGAUAUUGAGAUAGUGAAAUUUCGUUAAAACUAGUAAGACACCGCAACACAUUUUCAAGGUUUUAAAGGAAUGAGCUGAGGAGCUUUGGAGAAUACUGUGAAAAUAGUGGAGUUAUGCUUAGGAGUGUGAAGUAAACAUUGUUUGAUAGGAGGAGUGAUGGCUCUGGUGGUGAGUUGAAAGCUCAAUUCAGAAGCAGUUUGCAUACCAAACCUGUGCAUCAUCUGAUGAAGCUGAUGAAAUCCAGAGUCGUGUAGGUUGUGGUUGGACAAAUAGUUGACUUGACUGCUAACGGCCAUUGUGCAUAUACCUCAAAAUGAAUCUCCAUAGUAAAAGUAACAACACAGCAGGGCCUGGUCAGUUAGCAUCUGCAAAGAGUUAAUGUGGAGCUAAUGUUUCAUGCUUGAUUCGUCAUUGGAGCCAGCCAAAACUCCUCCCUUCCUGCCACAACCACCACCACUACAACGCCAUCUAUUGGUGAAAGCAAGACCAUUCCAGCAAAUGGCCCUAUACUAGCAAAUGGGGUAGCGGCAUUAAACAUAUAGUUCUAUGUGUGUUUGAGUUCCGAAUUUAUUUACUCUGUUAAAACUAAGUGGACGUUCCAUGAUACUGGCUUUCAAAAUUUCUGCUGUGCAUUGCAAAGGACAAAUAACAUUACUGAACUGUAUUUACAUUCUUAGAAGUCUCAUAACAGAUAUGCAAAUUGGUAAUCAGUCACAAUGAACUCUCAUUAUUUGUUUCCUUUUUAUGAUGCUACUGAAUUGAAUUUUAAUGAAUUUUAAUUCACUUCAGAGCCUUCCUUUCAUGUUUUUGUUGACAAGUCAAUUAUGCUGAGCUUUUAAUCUUAAGUGUGCCAGUUUAAAGAUAAAUUUAUUCUUUAGAGGUGAAUAGGUACUGACAUUGAUUUCAAGAGUGGUGAAAGUAGGGGAGGUAGUAGUGAUAUAAAUUGUCAGUAUGUUUGUAGUCCUUGUUUUAUUCAGGAUACAUUGGCUUGGGACAUCAAAAUACAAAUUUUCUGAUGGGUUCUACCACAGGCAUAAAUAUAACCAGACACAACAGUUUGAAGUUAUAAAUUGGGAUUGGUUAUCUGGAAUCAUUCUCUAAACUAGGAGUCAUGCACAUUUCCAGUCAGGUGUAAGAAGUAUCCACAAGCUCUCAGUUCUCCUGUGCCUCAUACAUAAUUUCACCCAGUGGCAAGGAUUGGAUGGAAAAGUGACCAAAAGACAUGGGAGGUUUGUGGUGUCAACAAGCAGUGCACAGAAUUGAGAUGCAGUUUGCUGUAACAAAGUAUUUCAUCAUUUUCCCUAUGGCCAACAGCAGGACACAUUUUUCAUUAUUGGGACAUUAUAUUUGAGCAUGUGCCCUGUAAUUGACAAACAAAAAAAUAGCAGUUUAAGUGUCAUUAAGCUAAAGUCAAAAUAUAUUCACCUAUUGCAUUAUUUUUCCCACAUCAGAAAAUGUAAACUUUGUUAAGAGACUGUGCAGCCCUGAGUAAAAUCAUAAUGGACAUAUUGUAUAUCUGUUAACACAUUGAUAAUGAGAUACUGUACAUGGAACUAUUUUUUUUUUAUCUUGAUGCUGAGAUACAUGUUAGGAUGGGCUGGGACUCAUCAUCAGUGUUGGGGUCACUGGGUGUUUCAAGUCUUUCAACAUCAGACAUCCUCAUCUAGGAGACUCAGCCAGGGUUAAUCAGGCCCCACCUUAUGUCCCAGCAGCAUUGGUCUAUGGGGCACACCUCAUGAUCCACAGCUAUCUGAAGACCUGCUCAGCAGCCUCCGUGACAGUCCUGAUUGCUCUUUUCUUUGCAGCCCCUGUAAUGCCCUGAUAUUACCAUCACAGCAGGUUUUUUUUUGGGCAAUUCUAAACGCUUUGUAACUAAUUCAAAAAGGAACAUUAAGGAACAGCCAUAAACGUUGACCACCAACAGGAAAGAGGCAAAGUGGAGCAGAAGACAAGAUUAUUUAUGUUAAUUUGAUUCUUAAUAAUCAUUGUAUAUAUUGAAUAACCUUACUUUAUUUAGUAAACUCUUUUUACUGAAUAAACCAGUAACAGUUUAUUCUGUGCAAGUGUAUCUCAAAAUGACACACCAGGGGGAGAAAAAGGAAGGCAUAGGAAUCAGCAGGUCAGGUAGAAUCUGCAAAGUUCAACAUCACUAGUUGCAGUACAUUGUAUCAACACUUCACAUCUUCAUGUUAACAAAUUAUUUAUCUGCAGUGUCUCUAUUAACAGCUGACAAAUCCUAUUCUUAGUGCUUGAUGUCAUUAAAUGUUGUUUAUAGAAUGCUUAUGAUACACAGUGAAAAUUAAUAGCUGCAUGCCUUCCUCCCAUGUAUGAAGUUCCUAUCAUUCACACUUGCCAAAUUUCUUUCAUAUUCUGUUUCCACUAGAUGUCACUCUGUAUUUGAUGUGCUGUUUAGUCUGCCUGUUCAGUACUUUUGCAGAACUGUUAGCAUCUCAGCAUCAAGUUCAUCAUGAAACUCGAGGAGUUAAUUCCUGAGGUGGCUGACAAUUUGGCUUUGUUUUUUAAGGUUUUUUGAAAACGUUAUCACAUUGAAUGUUAUAUACAAUAGGUGCAGAAGUAGACCAUUCGGCCCCCCGAGUCUGCACCGCCAUUCUGAGAUCAUGGCUGAUCAUUCACUAUCAAUACCCAGUCCCUGCCUUGUCCCCAUAUCCCUUGAUUCCCCUAUCCAUCAGAUAUCUAUCCAGCUCCUUCUUGAAAGCAUCCAGAGAAUUGGCCUCCACCGUCUUCCGAGGCAGUGCAUUCCACACCUCCACAACUCUCUGGGAGAAGAAGCUCUUCCUCAACUCUGUUUUAAAUAACUGACCUCUUAUUCUCAAUCCAUGCCCUCUGGUACUGGACUCUCCCAACAUCUGGAACAUAUUUCCUGCCUCAAUCCUAUCAAAUCCUUUAAUUAUCUUAAACGUUUCAAUCAGAUCCCCUCUCAAUCUCCUCAAUUCCAGCGUGUACUGGAUGAAAACAGUUUAAUUUUCUUUGCCACAUGAGUAACUACAGACCCAAUAUGCCAGUGAGAUAUGAAACCUUGACUACAUUUAAUGCAUAUUAGAUGUUCCAAUAUUUUAAUUCUGUAGGCAUUGUUAGAUGCUAAGAAAUAAGAAUAACUAGCAGCACCUUAUUGGCUAUAAUCCAUGAGUUCAAAAGGUACAUGAAGAUCCCUAGUCAACAACUUGACAAAAAUGAGCCUGCAGCUAAUUCCACUAUGAAGUGUAAUACAGUCCCAGCAUCAGUACAAAGUCAGCAUGAUUGUUUUUCUCUUUUCCCUCACUCUAGACAUGCUUUAAUUUUUUUCUGACUUUCAGAGAGCUCUCCCAGUUAUAAUAGCCUCACAACUUUGUCUGCCUAAACUUUUUGUUGUCUCAUCCCUUCUGUUUUCUUUUUGGGUUCAUGGGUAUUUCCAUGGAUGAAGAACAUUAUUAGUCAUAUUUGCUGUUUCUUUCCUCUUGAUAAUUCAUGGCAUGAUUAAAACAGGCCUGUCCUUGUAUUUCUUUCAGUCCUUUUUUUUUGAGGGCAAGUGUUCCAAACAAAAAAUGCUAAUAAAUUUAUAUACCUGUCAGCUAAUAGCAGGUUAGUUUCAGACAAAUUUCAGUAAUUAGAUUUAGGAUUAAGAGAGAAAAUCUGCCUGACGCGGUGUUAUGUUCAUAUAAAGAAAGUUGAUCGAUUGCUUUCUGAGGCCUCCUAUUGGAAAUAUUCCCAGAUAACCAAAUAAUUACUAUUAUCCUAAACUCUCUUGAUCUGUAUUGAGAUGUGAUCAAGAAGUUGCAAUAGAUAGAAAUCUUUUUAAAUUUUCUAUUAUUUUGCUUAAAUUGCCCAAUAAUUUUAUGAAUACAUCAUUAGCUCCAGUGAAACUGCAGUAAAACACCUGCGCUGAUGCAGGGUUUUGACCUUUCUAUUCCUUUCUCCCACAGAUGCUGAUCAACCCAUUGAGUUGCUCCAGCAGAUUGCUUGUUGACUAAUCUAAAAGAUCUGCUUUAACAUGUAAAUUUAAUUAGGUACCUUGGUUAUCAUAUUUACUAAGUAUGAUAACACUUAGCUGGCUUAACUGCACAUUCAAUUAAAUAUCCAUAAACCAAUAAGUUUUUAAGAUGUAGGUUGUAGUUCCUGAAUACACAAAGGACUUAGACAAAAUACCACAAGCAGAGGCUACCAGUUGAUAACUUGCAAUUCUAGAUAAGACUGUACAAUAUGAAAACCAAGAAUUCUAUAUAAUGAAAUAUUCUGACUUGUUAAAUAAAAAUUGAUUACUGCUCCUAUUUGAUAACUUUGUAAUGUUUCUUUGUAUUUAAAUUUCUAAAUAUUAAGGAUUAUUCAAAUUUAACUAGUUUUGUUAUAUUUCAGUCAUUUUUAGCAUUAUUGUUGCAACUGUUAGUAAAGAAUAAAUUUGAUUGCUUUUAAAGUUUAAGUUCAUGACAAUAUUCGCAUUAUAAACUGAAAAUGAGUUUAGAUCAACAAACUAAAUAGCUGGUUCCUACUGAAAUUACUGGGAAAAACUUCUGGUCAACUUUGAUAAGUUACGUAUUUUCUCUAGUAAAACAUUUCUUCUAACUGGUGAAUUAAGAUCAAAGGAAUAUUCUUUAAAUUAGAGCUCCUCCAUACAGGAUCUAAGCUAACAGAAAUAACUUUUCAACUAGAUAUAAAUAAAAGCUGGCUAUGUCUUAGUUAGUCUUGUGAUUACAUUGUAGAUCACUGCUGAUUGUGAUCUGCAUGAGAUGAUUCAGACUUGGCUUCCGGUCUUGGUUUUAAAAAUUGCAUGAGCACAUGCAAAUCCUUGCACUACUUAAACCUUAAAUGUUUUCAGAUUAUGAAAGAAUAAGAGUAAUAAUUAUGAUACUUGCGUUCUAAUAUUUUUGCCUUUGUUGAAAACCUUAGAUGUCAUGGAAAUUAUGAAUAUGAAACAAAGCAAUAAUGAAAAUGAGUGUGUUUUCCUGUUGUUUCAUUGAUAUUACCUUUGACAUGGUCAACAGAAGACUAUACCCUUGAGUGGACCUGUGCUUCUUCCUGAAAAUAAGUCAGCCCAGAUUCCAUAGUGAUACUAAGGCCUAAAUUCCAAGUUCCACUAAUUUUGGUUACAAAUAACCGUGUUUCCAUCAUACCAUUUACUUCAUGGAAAUAAGGUGCUAAUUUGUGUACUCUUUGUCCCAUUACCUUAUAUUUUUUUUAAAAAGCAACACCAAAAGUGUUCCACCUUAUGAUUCUAUGUAAAACUGCUCUAUUGCUCAGCUUGGAAAAUGUUUCCUGAGUUGUCUUUUAUUCUAAUAGAAGGCACCUUUAAAACAUCAAGAGGUGGAAAGAGAAUUAUAAUUAGGACUUGAAUUUGCUCUAAUAUUGAGAGCUCUAAGUUUUCACAACAAUAAUAAAAUGAAAAUUGAGCUUGUUAAAGUGUAUAAUUUCAAAGGUUAUGUAUGUUUUUGCCCAGAAAUUGGAGUUUUGCCUCUUUGGUAUGCUGAACAAAAGUGUGUAGUAUUAGUAACUUGCAAUGUAUCAGGAAAUUGGCAAAUAACCUGCUUAGAAAAUGGAGUGCGUUGAAUUCUGAGUUAGAUUGCAGCUGCCUAAAGGACCACUGUCUGUGGAAGCCAGUGGGCAGCUGCAGGAGGAAACAAAACUGCUGUCGGGGAAAUUGCAGAAGAGGGGAUACAGACAGUAUGUGGGGUUGCAUCAUGCUGCCCACCCACCUUAUAAUCAUUAACAUAGAUUCACUGCCUUCACAAGAUAUGGGCUUAUCAUACUGACACAGAUGGACAAACUAGUGUGUACAUCUGUUGCAAAUUAAAUAGAAAUUCUGCAAGAUAUAUGUGGGCAAGAAAUGGGCUGGAAGAGUGUACAGAGAAAUGUAUUUGAUAGAACAUAGACUUUUUAAAUUUAUUAUGAUCCAUUGCUGAUCCACAAGGCUUGCACAUUGAUUUUCUUACAUUUUAAAUGUAGGUGCUGGGUUGCAAAUAUUUCUGUUAGUAAAUGUGGAAAUGGCUAUUGCCACACUGGAUUGAAAUCAUUAGAAAUGUUUUGUAUAUCAGGUAAGCUUCAGACAAGCCAAAGUGAAUUUCAGGUUUUUCUCCUGUUCUAUCAUCUCAUUUAUCUCAAGCUCCUGUUUAUUGCCCAUUAUUUCAGUUAUUUACUCAAAAUUCAUUUGAAUUGUUUUUUAAAAAGGUAUUUGAUGUUAUAGAUACUGCUGAUUACUCAGCUUGUCUUCAAGCUUUUCUCAACUUUCCUGAUUCCAUUAGUAUCUGAGCUUGUAUUUUCUGUUGAAAGGUCCACACUGAACUCAGAACAAAAGGCAAUAUACUAUGAAUCUAAUUCAGAUACAAUAUUAACAGAAAAUGCAAACAGCAGGUCAUGUUGCAUCUUAAUGGAAAGCUGGCCAUUUAGCUCCUCCAGUCUUUUACACAAUUCAUUGAGGUUGUGACUGCUCUGUGGCCAAAGAAUACAGGCCUGAAUUUUCAUCAUGUUCUCCAAGAGUUUAAAAUUACCAAUGAAACUAACAUUGAUUGCACUCACAAUUAAGUAGCCACAUGACGUGAAAUUUUAUGAUGUAAAGGAAAAGUUGCUCAGUUGAAUAGUUAAAUAAGAUAACCUACUUUAAGUAUUUGAAUGAAAAAGGAAAAUUCUGGUGAUUUGCCACUGCUUUUUUUUGGUACUGUGAUUUUUAUCAGUCCCUAUCCCUGAUUAAAUGUUAAGCUUCUCAGGAUGUUGUUUUCUUACUCCAGUGGAAAUAAUGCAGAAUAAUUAUUAUCUGUUUUUAAUUUACAUCAUCACUUAAGAGCUUGCACAGCAGUUUAGAGUUAAGCACAUUGAUGGGCUUUGGAGUCUGGGUUGUAGAUAGACCAGAGUAAGACUUGCGUGUUUCUUUCUCUUAAAAAAAAAUCCAGUUGUUUUAUGGUUCUAUUUCUGAUCCUAGAGAUGUAUUAUAGAUCUUUGAUACCUCGCAUUUAAUGUUGAGUUUCAAUUUCAUUCAUAUGUUGUGAUACAGGCCUCUGGAUAUUUGCCAAGUAACCAUUACAAUGCCUGAAAUCCAUAUCAUACCAUAUAAUCCCUUCUCAUGAAGAAUUAAAUGAAAGAGAAGAAUAGAAUCAGCAUGCCUAAUAUGCAUAUGUAAGAAUUUACAAUUCAUUAGCCAGAAUAUGGAUUACAUCUGUAAUUCUAGUAAAUUUGAUAGCAGGACCAAUUGUCAUUCUUGGAAUAAUUUACCAUUUGUAGCCAACAAUCUGCUUGAAUUUGGGUGGAUACAUCUACUGCAUGGAACCUUGCUCUUGUUUGCAGGGAGGGAAUGAUGGGAGUUUUGUGAGUUAUUGAUUUGAGAGACUGGAAUAAUGGGUCAAGAGGAAGAAGAUUGUAGGAAUUCAGGAAGGAACAGUGGGAAUGCAGCAGGCCUGUGAGCACAUGGUGGCUGUGGGCUAGGGAAGAAAUUGUAAAGCCUUGUUUUGCUCGGUUGCCAUGUUCUCCAGUGCUCUCACCUGAACAAAUUAAAUUCUAAGGAUUUAGACACUGUUAAACUGAAUGUUGAUUCUUGUUUUAUUCUUCUCGUGUUCUUUCUGACAUGUUAACUAUUUUAAAUACUUUCUUUGUAUAGUGUCUGCAUAAAUGCUGACCCAUCCAUUUUGUGUUUUAAUGUAAAGAAACUUGAAAAGGAAUUCCAAUUGCCCAUUAUUAUUAUUUAACCUGAAUAAAGCUUUAUUUGCAUAAUGAAAAUACCAAAAUUUA